AUGUUCCCCUCAAGACGCAAGUCUAUGUACCAUCGGGCGGGCAGCGGGUCCUGCCGGCUGCUGGGCAUCCUGCCUUGGAAAUGCUCCCUCUUUCAGCUCUUCUUUAUUGUCCUUUUGCUGGGAUUUCUCUCCCUGUUGUGGCUCCAGCUCAGUUGCUCGGGAGACGUGGCCAGAAAUCGAGGAGUUCAGGCCACAGUACCUGGGAAAUCCUGCACAUUUGAGCCUCUACCUCAGCUUCCUGAUGACCCUUCAUGGGGACCCCACCGGCUGGCCGUGGUGGUACCCUUCCGUGAGCGUUUUGAAGAGCUACUGGCCUUUGUACCUCACAUGCAUCGCUUCCUUAGCAGGAAGAAAAUCCGCCAUCACAUUUUCAUACUCAACCAGGUGGAUCAUUACAGGUUUAACAGAGCAUCUCUGAUCAAUGUGGGCUUCCUGGAGAGUGGCAAUGACACGGACUACAUUGCCAUGCAUGAUGUGGACUUGCUGCCUCUCAAUGAGGAACUGGACUACAGCUUCCCAGCUGCUGGCCCUUUCCAUGUGGCAUCACCUGAGCUUCACCCUCUCUACCACUAUAGCACCUAUGUGGGUGGCAUCCUGCUACUCACCAAGCAGCACUACCGAAUGUGCAACGGAAUGUCCAACCGCUUCUGGGGCUGGGGCCGAGAGGAUGAUGAAUUUUACCGUCGCAUCAGAGGGGCUGGACUUCAACUCUUCCGGCCCUCAGGGAUAACAAGUGGAUAUAAGACCUUUCAACACCUGCACGACCCCGCGUGGCGCAAAAGAGACCAGAAACGCAUUGCUUCUCAGAAGCAGGAGCAGUUCAAGGUGGACCGUACUGGAGGACUGACCAACCUGCAGUACAGAGUGGAAUCACGCACUCCACUGAGUGUGGCAGGAGCUCCUUGCACAGUCCUCAAUAUCUUGCUAGACUGUGACCCCAGUGAGACACCCUGGUGUGCCUUUGGCUGAGGCGCUCGCUGCACAGACUUCUUACUAUGUUACUACAGCAGCAGCUGGUUGCCAGGAUUGCAGCUGAACCCACAGAAGACAGAUUCCCCCCCACAGAAACUAACAGCAGGGCAUUGAUGCCUGUGGGUCAGAUGGUUAAAAAGAAGGCUGAGGAGUCCCAUCAGGUGACAGGCAUAUGCAGGGCAUUGCCUGUCCUGGGUGGAUACUGUAAGGUGACAAUGAAUGCAAA